UAACGGUUUCAGGGCGCGUGCGGGAUUGACGGCCCGUGUGUCACCUCAGCGCCGCGGCCCUGUUACCAUGGUAACGGAGCACCUCCCCUGGUCUCGCCAUUGCGGGGCCCUUCCCCCUAUUGCACGGGAGGGACUGAGGCCAAGGGAGGCCACGUGACUUCCCCGACGUCGCCCAGGGAGGCCACGGCGAAGCAGGGAGGUGAAAAAGUCACCUCAGUGCCAGUGCCUGCACCCCGGGAAAGCCCUUUGUCCUCUACUGGCCCCCUUCCUCUUUACUAGCCAGAGACCUUGCACAUCAGCACCCUAACCCUGGGUCUGCCUUGUGGAGAGGCUGCAGCCUCUGCCCCGGUGUUUCCACCUCAACCUUCCUCAGAUUCUGAGCCAAAAACAGAGAGAGUUGGUGGUGGUGUCACUCAGCCCAGGACAGAUGAGCUGUUGGAUUUUCUCCAGCCAGGCAAGGAAAUGGUAGCUGCCUCAAGUUCAGCUGAGGGGUAUUAUGACACACUGCAGGCACUCAAGAUGGAAAACAGACAGUAUCUAUUAGAACUGGGCAUGCUCUACCAGGUAAAAUUGGAGAAUGAUCAGAAACCCUUCAAGGAGGAACUGGAAGACUUCUUCCAAGACAACGGGAGAUUGACUCUGCAGGGCAAGCCCUAUGAGGCUUCAAGAUCUAGUAUCAUAAGCCAGUCCAGUUCUUUAACUGACUUAAACUUGGACAGUCCUUGGGAUCAGCAAAAUCCUCUCUCACUUCCUCAGUCCCACCUGAGGCCAAAGAGUGCUGCAUCUGCCUGGGUCUCUACUAUCACCAUCCCCCAGCCCUUCAAGAUGACUCUGCGUGAGGCACAUAAAAAGCCCCAAUUGAUGAAAUCACGUGCAUCCCUUGAGCUGGAAAAACGAAGGGACAAAAGACAAAGUCAGGAGGAGGCAGAGUGCCAGAAGCAGUUCCGCGCACAGCCGGUGCCUGCCCAUGUUUACUUACCACUCUACCAGGAAAUAAUGGAGCAGAAUGAGAUUCGCAGGGAGGUGGCAACACAGAAGAGAAAAGAGUUGCUCCUUUCCACUCAGCGACCCUUCAGCUUCCUGGAGAAGGAGGACAAGAAGAAGGAGGCCAUCAGACAGAAGAUCUUGGCGGCACUGGCUCCAGUUGAGAACUCCAAACCAAAAGGCAACAAGACAGUAUCUAAAUUCAUCUAUAACCCAGUUCCUGGGGAUAAACUCAAAGAAGCUGAACUCUUCAGGAAAAUUCGCAUUCAGAUGAGAGCCAAGGAUUUGUUGGAAAACUCCUUCGCUCCUAUUGACCCUAGCACCAGACAAAGAGACCCACAGUCCCGAAUCGCCACCAAAACCAAACAAGAAAAACUCAGCUUCCUGCAAGACGACUUCAGCUUUAAACCAAGAAUUAACCCAGCGGUGCCUGAUUUUGAAACACUUUACUGGGCAUUUCAGAGAGAAGCAAUAAGGAUACGAGACGUCAAAGAGCCAACUCGUAAUCAACCGUUUAAACUGAGAACUUCCAAUCUCCACUACAGGCAGAAACAGGCUAAUGAGGAGAAAAUGAAGCAGCCUUCCAAGGCUCCCAUGCAAAGAAGUCGUUCUCUGACUGGUCUCUCCUCUCUCUCUUCCAACACCCUUCCAGUGCACAUUACAGAUGCAACAAGAAAGAGAGAAUCUGCUAUUAGAUACUGCCAGGAAGACAAAAAGAGCAGGGAGAAUGAAGGAAUUCAUUGGAUGGAGAUACAGAGAAAGAAAUGUCAGGCUAUGCAUAAAUCUAUGAGCAGCCGAGCAAAAGCAAUGGAUCCCCAUAAAAGCCUGGAGGAGAUACACAAGGAGAAGCUGAAACAGAACUGGCAGAAUGACCGCAGAAGAACAAAGGAGUACAAAAAAGAACUGGAAGAAAUGCAGAUACGAGUCAAGAACCGACCAUACCUCUUCGAACAGGUCAUGAAGCAUGAUGCCCGGCAAGAGGCAGAGCGACACUACCGAGACACCCUUUGUCAGGUGGGGCUGAAUGAGGAAUUCGUAAGGAACAAAGGGAGAGAUGCUACUGACCUACCGAAGGAGGAAGAGUCUGAAACUCAAAGAGCUCAGGAAUCUCAGGGGGACAAAGACAUUGGCACUGUACAGGAAGAAGAAUCAUCUUAGGAAGAGCAGGGAACAAAGAAUGACAACAUAAGAACCCUGCACAAGACUCUGGACCUACUUUCAAUAAUUUCCUUUAGUUCAAGAUGCUUGAGACGAGAGCAGCAGUUCCAGCAUUUUUACCUGCAUGACCCCAUUUUCAGACUUAUUGCUUUUUGUGACCUGACAGCUUGGAGGAAGCCAUUUUGUAGAGCAGGAUGGUGUCUGCCACAAAGCAUGAUCUCACACACUGUACAUGCAAGGUCACGUGGAGCAAAUGGCAUCCUCCACACACUCACGAUCACCGUAAAUGCAUCUACUGAUGGCACGACUGCAGUCCCAUCUGCUGAUGGCACAAUCCCACUUGGGGUUACAACCUGUAGUUUGGGAACCACUGUUCUAGAGUUUCAACAGUAGAACCUCAGAGUUAUGAACACCUCAGGAAGGGAGGUUAUUUAUAACUCUGAAAUGUUCAUAACUGAACAAAACAUAUGGUUCUUCCAAAGUUUACAACUGAAUAUUGACUUAAUACAGCUUUGAAACUUUACUAUGCAGAAGAAAAAUGCUGCUUUCCCUUUUUUUAGUAGUUUGCUUUUAACACAGCACUCUACUGUAUUUGCUUUUCCCUUUCUCCUACCCCCACCCCCAUGCUCCGCUGCUGUCUGUGUACUUCCAGUUCCAAAUAAGGUUUGUGAUUGGGCAGUUUGUAACUCAGAUUCUACUGUAUUUCCAAAUGACUGACUUAAGAGAGAGUUGCUGUGGUUUGGAUGACAUAGGAAGACUACACACAGGAGCGAGAAGGUGAGGAUUGACUCUUGCCUAGAACACUCCUUGCCCCUCUCCAAUCCCUCAGAAUGUUCCCCAACUGACUCAUUUCCCUGUCCCUUAGUCAGGUUUAGAACCAACAGUGAGACUGCUUGAAGCAGGGAGAGAGGAGGGUGAUGGGUUGGGGCACUAUUGCUGAAAAGGGAGGUAGACCUGAAGGCUGACAUGUACACUUACGUUCACUUGCUUUAUACUCAAAAGAUUCUGAAUGGAAAGGGCAAAUCUAGUAGAUCUUAAAAUUCUGCUCUGAAGCUGUCCUUCAUGUUGAUUUGUUUCAGGUUGAAUGUGUAUGUUGAAGUGGAUUUUAAGAUAUUUGUACAGAAUAAUAGGUUAUUGGACUGAGUUCUCCUGGGGAGAAGACUUGAAAAGAAGCUCUUCUCUAGCAUCUCGCCUCUGCACCAGCUCAACGGCAACUCUGCUCCUCUCCUAGUGUUCUGGAGACACAGUCUUGCUAUAAAUUGUAACCAUUUUCCAUUAUAAAGCUCUACUUUAGGCCCUUGUAAGUUUGGCUCAGAUCAUGGGUUUGGCCUGAAAGUGGUAUGAUUACUAUGAAGGGGGUCAGUGCAAGGUUUGAGGAAAUUCAUCACGUUUUGAGCUCCAUGUAAUUAAAAAGCUAUCCUAAUUUGAAGUUUGAACUCCUGUCCAAUGUUCUCUCCUAGCUCAAAAUCAGCUUAAAACCCCUUAAAGCUCCCUAAAGUCAGGUCCUGCCUAUAUGCUGCAAUUAAGCAAAGUUCAUAGAAAUGUAGGGUUGGAAGGAAACUUGAGAGCUCUUCUAAUCCAACUUCUUGUGCUGAGACAGGGCCAGCAAGACUAUUCCUGGCUGAUGUUUUCUAACCUGUUCUUAAAAACCUCCAACGGCAGGGAUUCCACCACCUACCUUGAAGGCCUAUUCUAGUGCUUAACUAUUCUUAUGAGAGUUUCCCCAUAUUUAACAAAUUUCCCUUGCUGAUUACUUGUCCUACUUUCCCAGAACAUGAACAAUUGAUCACCAUCCUCUUCAUCACAACCCUUUAACAUUUUAAAUAUUGUCAGGUUCCCCCCCCUAUAUUUUAACACUAGUAUUUAGUUUUGAAAAAAGACAUCAAUUUUUUUUAAAUCUUUCCUCAAGUCAGGUUUUCUAAACCUUUUAUUUUUUGUUGCUCUUCUUGGGAUUUUCCAGUUUGUCCAGAUCUUUCUUAAAGCAUGUCACCCAGAACUGUCAAAUAGAGCAGGACAGUUACCUCUCACUUCUUACAUAACAUUGCAGUUAAUGCAACCCAGACUGAUGUUAGCCCUUUUUUGUAACUGCAUCCCAUUGUUGGCUCAUUCACUGUGUGAUCUGCUCUACCCUCCCCUGCCCCAAUCCUUUUCAGCAGUACUACCCUUGCAGUUAUUCCCCUUUUGUAGGAAGAAAAAAUCAGAUGCACCCUUUAGUACUCUUCACUUGUCUUUAAUAAAUGUUAGUGUUGAUUUCAGACAGACAUUCUCCAAUUUGUCACAGUUGCUUUGAAUUCCAAUUGUCCUCCACAGUGUUUGCACCCCUCCCAACUUGGUGUCAUUUGCAGAUUUUUAUAAGCAUAUUCUCUACUAUGUGAUGCAAGUCAUUAAUGAAAAUAUUAAAUUUUACCAGACCCCCUACAGAACCCCCCUAUUUUACAGUCAGCCAUUAAUUACUACUGAGUACAGUCUUUCAACCAGUUUUGCACCCACCUUACAGUCAUUUCAUCUAGCCCACAUUUCCCUAGUUUGCUUCUUUUGUUGUAGAUGGUUUUGGGACCAGUUCUCCUCCUAGUUAUAGCAGUGGCUGUUAGGGGACCAAGCCUGCCCCCAUUAACAUUUCUGUGAGGUUUUUUCUUCAUAGAUUUCAGUGGGACCGGGCACUAUGUAUGAGUAUGUCCACUCCACUGCCUGCAUCUUAAAUGAUAUAAAGGGUAUUUCUAUAACUUACAGCUAAUAGAGAUCUUCCUUCAGAUAACAGUGGGGUCUAUGUUUGUAGGGGUAAGUCUCAUUGACAAUUAGAAUAUUUUCUGAAAAUGUGCAUUGUCGAAGAGCUUUGAGAUUAAAAGAUUUUUAAAUGUCUUAA